AUGUCACGUCGGGAGAUCGAAGAUCAGAUGUCAUUCAUGAAAAUUCCCGUUCAGUUACUAGUACUAUUACUAAUAGUGGGGGCAAUAAGUUCUCAUAAAUCCUACAAUUGCCUAUUUGAUCCGGCAAAAUUCAAUGAUUCGCUACAGCAUGUGCCACUCGUAAUCAGUGCAACUGUAUUAAAUGUUACUACUGAUCCCCGAGAUAGUCGCCUGCAGAUCCGAAUCAGACUUCUAACUCUGCACUGUCCGAAUAAUAUUGGAACUCUCCGUCAUCAUACUAUUUUGAAAAAAUAUCUUCCUCAGUUUCAUAUAAUGCAGAAAAAAACUGUUGCCUUCUGGCAAUGCACAAUGAACAGUGCAAUUCAAUCUUUCGGAGCUCUAAUCGAAACAUAG